AUGUCCAAAUGUAGAAGUAAUAAUAAUCAUAAUGAACAGAAGUCAACUGAUUUUUCUAUUUUUGCUUUAACCAGCCUACAGAAUUCAACAUCAUCACCGAAGGUGGGCAAUAACAGUAACAAUAAUAAUAAUAAUAGUACUCAAUCAAUCCCAUCAUCUCCAUCUUCACGUAUACCUCCACCUACAAAUCGAUCCUCGUCUGUUCAUUCCACAGAAUCCGAUGAACAUAUACUGCAUAAUCAAAAUGGUAAUGAUUUAUCUUAUAAUAAAUCACCGACAGAGCGAUAUGACAGACCUCCAUCACUCAAUAAUAGUAAUAAUAAUAAUAAUGAGAAUAACCAUUAA